CCACCCUACACCACCCACCCUACACGGAAAAUCCUGGGCGGAAAAGCCCCAGGGCGCUGAGAGCGCGAGGAUUCUGCCCGGGCGCAGAGAUUGUAGGGAUUCCUCCCACCAGCCGCAGGCGGCAGCGGCCAUCCGUCGAACACCAGCCGCGCGCGCUCCGCCGCCACCAUCCAUGGCGUCUGCGGCGCGGGCUCUGGGCGCGCUCCUCCAGAGGGCCUCGUCGCUUUCCUCCUCCGCCUCGGCUCUCAGGAGCUCCUCCCUUCUCCACAGGAGUGGCUCUACUCAGGAGGGGAGUUUGUACCAGUGGCACCUGGGUAGGCGGAGGAUUUGGACGUUUCAGCCGCUCUGUAUGGGGCGGCGCUCCUGCAAGAUCGCCGGAAGGAAGGAUGCCCAGAAUUUGAAAAAGAUGAAGCGCAACAGCAAAAUUGGAAAAGAAAUCGUUGCCGCCAUCAAUAAAGGCGGCCCUAAUCCUUCAUCCAACACAGCCUUAGCAGCAAUACUGGAGAAAGUAAGGGAGCUUGAUGUUCCCAAGGAAGUUGUGGAGCGUAACAUGAAAAGAGCUUCAGAAAAGGGCCAGGAUACUUACACGGAAAAGGUUUAUGAGGUCUAUGGUUUUGGUGGAGUAGGUAUGGUCGUUGAGGUCCUUACAGACAAAAUUACAAGAUCUAUUGCGGAUAUUAGAAAUGUGGUAAAGGACUGUGCAGCGAAAUUGGCUGAUCCUGGGUCCGUUACGUUUAGAUUCAGACAAGUUCGCGUAGUGAACAUAAAAGUUACAGAUGCUGAUAAGGACGAACUACUCUCUGUUGCUUUGGAUGCUGGUGCUGAUGAUGUAAUUGAACCAAAUUUUGAUUAUGAUGAUGACUCUGAAGAAGUUACAGAAAGGUUUUACAAGAUAGUUACUACAUCAGAAAACUAUCCUGUUGUGCUAUCGAAGCUACAAGAGGAAGGAAUAAAAUUUGAAACGGAUAAUGGCUAUGAACUGCUGCCUCUCAACCCGAUUGAGGUAGAUGACGAGGCCAUGGAACUAAACAAGGACCUUGUAUCUAAGCUGCUUGAACUCGAUGAUGUCGAUGCUGUCUACACAGACCAGAAGUGAAAGUGCCAGUUCUGAACCUACAGUCUCAACUCUCGAGACGCUGCCCAACGACCCUCUGGUUGCACCACGCGUGUGGGGUGGACGUGUUUACAAAUUUGCUUCCAUGUAGGACUUCAGACCAGCACUGGUGGGGUUGCAUAUGAAGCCUGCUUACUUCGAGCAUCAUCAAUUUGAAAUGUCCAAAAUGAAAGCUGGUGAUGCUGCAAAAAAAAAUUCUCAGUAUUUACUCUGGCCUCUCAUACGCGGAGCUUCACUUUGCAUUCAGCUCCCCUUGUUCACCUCACUCUGUCAAUGAACUGCUAGAUCCUGGGAUUCGCACAGAGGGCAUGAGCUGAUAGAGGUGUGAUACGUGAUUGUAAGCAAUAUAAAAUAACACUGACCUAGACAUCGGUACUAAUACUGAUUCUGAUAAUAAUUUUUUGGCGCA